AUGUCGCUCGUCAGAAUCGCCGAAUCCGCGCCCGUCCGCGCCCUGCAGUCCCUCGGCGCCGCCGUGCAGUCGCCCUUCCUCUCGGGGCCUCUGCUGGCCGCCCUCCUCUGCGCGCCCGACCCCGUCAGGCAGCAGGUGCUCCGGCACGCCCCGGCCGGCCUCGACGUCGACGCGGCCAGGAAGGUGCUCCAGGCGCUCCUGGGCCUCGGGCUCCUGAAGAGCAUCAACCGCGGCCUCAGCUCCAUGGCGGCCAACGGCUGGCGCGCCACGGCCGCCCCGGGCUGGGACUGGCCCUCCGAGGUGGCCGUGGUCACCGGCGGCUGCAGCGGCAUCGGCCACUGCAUCGUCAGGCGCCUCGCCGCGCGCCGCGUCAGGGUCGCCGUCCUCGACGUGCAGGACCUCCCGGCCGACCUCGCCGCCGACCCCCUCGUCCGCCUCUACACGUGCGACAUCACGGCCCCCGACGCCGUGGCCGCCGCCGCCGCCGCCAUCCGCAACGACCUCGGCCACCCGUCCAUCCUGGUCAACAACGCCGGCAUCACGAGGCCCCUGGCCAUCCUCGACAUGCCCCACGACUUCCUGCGCCGCAUCUUCGGCGUCAACUGCCUCUCGCACUGGACCCUGGCCCAGCAGUUCCUCCCGCACAUGGUGGCCGCCAACAAGGGCCACGUCAUGACCGUCGCCAGCAUGGCCUCCUUCAUCCCCCUCCCCAAGGGCGCCGACUACGCCGCGACAAAGGCCGCCGCCCUGUCCUUCCACGAGUCGCUGGCCGUCGAGCUCCGGCACGUCCACGGCGCCGACCGCGUCCUCGCCUCCAUCGCCCACCCCAACUUUGUGCGCACCCCGCUCGUCCGCGACUUUGGCCACCACCUCGAGCGCGGCGGCAUCCGCAUGCUGGCCCCCGACGACGUCGCCGCCCUCGUCGCCGACCAGAUCUUCAGCCGCCGCGCCGCCCAGCUCAUCAUCCCCGAGCACCAGGCCGUGCUGUCGGGCGUCCGCGCCUGGCCCACCUGGCUCAAGGUGCUCCUGCUCGACCAGCUCGCCGCUAACACGGCCGACAUUGGCACCACGCUCGCGGCGGGCAGCAGCGCGUGA